AUGGUCUUCAGACUUAUGAUUUGUCUGGCGAUUGUCUCGGCAACUGUGGCUGACAUUGACGUGGAGCUGAGGAAGCGCUCAUCGAUAUUUCUGCCGUACACCUACCAGAAUGGUCCAAAAUACUCACUGUCGGAAGUGGCUGUGGAACAACUUACGUAUGAUUCGGACAACAAACUUCUUUACACAGUUGGCGACACGGUCGUGCACGUUAUCGACGUGUCUAACCCCAACCACAUGAUAGUCUUGGCCCAUCUGGAAUAUCCGGGCAUGGAGUUUACUGACGUGGAGUUCUGCGGGGGUUACUUCUUCACGGCCAUGGACAACAGAACAGAGAGAGCCAAUGGAAAGAUGAUAGUCUUCAGAUACAACCCAGCCACCAAACAGAUCAGUGAAGUUCUGCAAGUUAAAGUGGGCGCUAUCCCAGACAUGAUCAAGCCGACGAAGGACUGUUCCAAGAUUAUUGUGGCGGUAGAGGGCGAGGCGUACGAGUACCCCCCAAACCACAUCAUCGACCCCCCGGGACUCGUCGUCAUCGUCAACUUCCCCUGGGGUAUUGAGGGCAACAUGAUUAUAUCCACUCUGAAUUUUGAAAGAUUCAAUGCAAGAGUGCCAUUCCUGGAACAGUCCGGCGUCCGUCACGUGUACAGGGAGAACAACAACCCCUUCUCCAACGACGUGGAACCGGAAUACAUCGCCAUCAACGCUGACGACACCAAGGCGUACAUAAUGCUGCAGGAGAACAAUGCUGUGGCGACUGUUGACCUCGAGACUCGGACAAUAUCGGAGGUGUAUGGGCUGGGAUAUAAGAACUGGAGCUCAUUAAAACUGGAUCCAAGUGAUCGGGACGGCGGUGUUCACAUGAGCUCCUAUAACAUCUACGGGAUGUACCAACCGGAUUCGUUCGUGCACUUCCAGUUCAAGGGUGGUAACUACCUCGUGAUGGCGAACGAGGGGGAUGCCAAGGUGUACGAGUAUGGCACAUAUCAGUGGUCAGAGGAGGCACGGGGCUCCAAAAUUGCACCUCAAGGGCGUCUCAAAUACGGCGUGUCACCCUCUGAAAAGGACAGCCAGGGUUUCUUAAAGGCGAUGUUCACGUACGGAGGAAGAGGCUGGUCUAUCAGAAGAGCGGAAGACAUGUCUCUCGUCUACGACAGCGGCAACGACGUCGCAGACAGAACUCUUCAAAAGAAACACGAUCUGUUUAAUUGUGAAAUUGAUGACGAACAUGAUCAACCGUACGAGAGUUUCGACAUGAGAUCGGAUAACAAGGGUGUUGAGACAGAGGAUGUGACAGUAGGGGAGGUAGAUGGCUACACGCUCUUCUUUGUCGCCAACGAGAGACCGGGAACCAUCCUGACGUACUCCGUCAAGAAUGACCUGAGUCAUCCAAAGUUCCAGCAUUUCUACUCCGGCAUCCCCGAGACUCGAGGAAGAACCUGGCAACAGAUGUAUGAAGACUCUGAUGUCACAGAGCUCGACUGUGAAGAUAAAAAGUUUGUCCCAGCGUCCCAGAGUCCCACAGGAAAACCCAUCCUAUUUGCCGGCGGCUCCGUGUCAGGAACUGUGUCCAUAUUGGAUGUGGUAGUUGACGACUAA